GGUGUGGCUCUCUGUGCUUGUACAGUAACAUGGCGGGCUGAUGUAAGCGGAAUGUGACUUUCAGGAACCUAAAUCAUUGGAUCCAACGCGGGUGGUGUUUACAUUUUACCGCUCAAGAAAGUAUAAGGAUUCAAUCUACAGUACGGGAAUGUCUGAAAGACUCCGGUAACUGUCAGUAGUAGACGCUUGGGUGGUAGAGUUUGGGACUCGAUCUCGUGUGGUCAGAUUCGAGCUUUUCACAAUCGGUACGCGGCUAUUCAGCCUUUGCCACCGAGGAAGAAGCCUUCAGAUCUCGCAGGGUGAGUUUUUAACGGUACUGGUUCUUAUCACGAUAUUUACUGGCGGUUACAGGCCGGUUUAGGGUGCUAAAGUUUUUAACUGCUGCUGUAAACAUGACUCAACUGCCACUUUAGCGAGUUAGCUUUAGCUAGCUGUGUGGUGUUAGCUUAUAGCGUGGAUAUGUCACCGGGAAACAAACCAGUAAUUUAAGUGUGUUAUUUUGAUAUUUAAGCAUGAGUGAUGAAAGAAAGAUGUGCCGAAUUCAUUUGUAGUUUGGUAAAAACCCAGGUUUGUAAGUCACAGCUUCUCUAUUUGCAAUACUACAUCCUUAUGCUAAGAAUAGUCGAAAUAUUGAACAGGGUUUGGUUCGCCCGGCUCUGUCAGCGGUUACCGCAUGUCACUUUGACUUCACUGUAAUAACUUUAAACCUAUGUUAUCCACGUAGCAAGGUGUCAUAAUAUAUAAACUAAACUGGAAACUUCUCUCUUUUAUGUCGUGAUAUCUGCUGUUCAUAAUGAGGUAUAAUGAGUUGACAGUCCAAGACUAAAGGAGGAAACACGGACUUAUACGAUGAAGCAUUCUUUCCUGCAAUUGUAUAUUUCUAGAUGCUUUGUUUUACAGAUAUUAAGAUGCUCUUCAUUAAAGGUUCUUUUUUUUCUCUCUUUAUAUUUUGGUAUAAAGAAAAGCUGAGGCCAACGGGAGGAGACACCUUUUCCACACAUGAGGAGGCACCUGACCAGACAUCUACAACAACAGAAACCCUAUGGAUCCCAGUGACUCUGGACAAGGUUGGACUGUCUUGACUUGCUGUAACAUUUACCUGCCGUUUCCUCUCAACUGCAAAAGUGUCACAAGGGAAUAAUAAUGCUACACUGGAUCAAAAAAAGGCAACAAUAUUUGUCAAAUCUUUAUAAAAACAGGUUUUGAAAUUAUUAGUUGCCUAUUUUGAGUAAAAAUAGUGCAAAGACAAAAUAUCAAAUACAGAAGCAUAAAAUAAUUUUAAUGAAAAUGAAAUGCCCUUUUGCAAUUUGACACUAGUAACACAUUGUAAACAUUGAAAAGAUUAUGCAUUGCCAAUUGAAAUUACUCGCCCAGAAGAACAUCUCCCAACUUUUAUACUGGAUUUUAGACCAGCUACAAAAAAAAAACAACAACUUUAUAAUCUGGAGAACUUUAUGUACAAAAGGGACAAGGUCAAAAAACAAUAUUAGCCAGCCAUGAUCGUCGGGCCUUCAGGUUGCACUGCAAUAGAUACAUAUGACUCUGUAGCGGAAGCCACUGCAUGGGCCCAAAAUCACUUCCUAAAAAUGACUGCCUUUGAGCACAGUUCAUCACUAAAUCCACAAAUGUAGGUUUACUGUAUAAUUGACGGCUGGGAUUUCAGGAGUAAUCAGUGUUCAUUGUCUUGCUCAAGAGACCACGGCAGCUGCUGACUGAACUUUUAACUUCUCCCAAUCCUUAUCAUUCAGCCAAGAUAGCAGAGAUUGAACAGGACCAUGAUCAGAUGCAAUAGUGUCACUUAUGAAGUUAUGACUUAGUGCUCACUUUCUUUCUGUUUUUAACACUUGCUUUGUUUCUCAUGACUUGGUUUUGAAAAAUAAAUGUAAAAUAGAUGUUUUCUGAAUUAAAGAAUCUGUAGAGUGAUAAUCUUCCUGUCCUUUUAGGGCAAGAAACGCCAUCAGAGCAGAAUUCUGAAUUAACUUUGAGCUCCAGAGGAAGGCAACGGAAGCCAAACUCCAGAUAUAAAGAUUUUGAAACUGAGGACACAUGUGAUGUGGAGAAAAAAUCACCUAGAAGGAGCUCAGAAGGGGGGAGAAGAGCGGCUGCUAAAAGGACUCCAACAAAGAGGGCAAAAGCUGAUGAUGACACACAGCAAACUGCAGAUGAGGUAAAGGAAACAAACGAUACGACACUUCAAGUGUCAGAUGGAAUAACAGCAGAAGAAACUCCUAUAAAGACAAAAAGAGCCAGACAGACAAAAAGGACUCCUGUGAGAAAAACUCCUGCUAAAAAGACUCCAGCAAAGAGAGCAAAAGUCGAUAAUGACGCACAGCAAACUGCAGAUGAGGUAAAGGAAACAAACGAUACAACACUUCAGGAGUCUGACGGAAUAGCAGCAGAAGAAACUCCUCUAAAGACAAAAAAAGCCAGACAGACAAAAAGGACUCCUGUGAGAAAAACUCCUGCUAAAAAGACUCCAGCAAAGAGCGCAAAAGUCGAUAAUGACGCACAGCAAACUGCAGACGAGGUAAAGGAAACAGACGAUACAACACUUCAGGAGUCUGACGGAAUAGCAGCAAGAGAAACUCCUCUAAAGACAAAAAAAGCCAGACAGACAAAAAGGACUCCUGUGAGAAAAACUCCUGCUAAAAAAACUCCUGUCACUGAUGGGGACCUCCAGACUGUGGAGGGUGGAGUCACUGACGCAGCGCAGCAGGAGAAUGGGACACCCAAGCCAAAGAGAAAAAAUGUGGAGAAGCAGCAUGUGCAGGAAGUGGAGCCUGCGCCAGAACCGACACCAUGUGAGGAAGAGGAGGAGGUUCAGACUGGGGGUCGACGCAGAAGAGGGGCUGCUAAAGCGUGAGUUAAAUGUAGUCUUUAUUUAGAUCUAACAAAAACUGAACCUCAAGGUACUUCUGUAUUAUAAUGACUGAAAUACAUUUUUAGGGCUUUGAAGUAUCUCCACAGUUUGGCUCAAGAAGAGUUCAACUCACCCAGUGAUGACGCAGCCUCUCAUCCAAGGAGAAAAAAUGAUUCCACCCCAACAGAAGCAUCUACACUUGCAGCACAGAAAACUCCAAAAGGUACUGUGUCAGAAAAUUUCAGGACACUCCAGUGCUGAAAUUUUCCAGAACUGCAUUUCACACAACCUUUAGCAGGAUAUUGUUGAGGUGAUGGGCACAGUCUGGUGGAGCAUCAUAGAGACUGUUUCAUCCUUAAUAUUACCAGGAUAUGUCUGAAGACACAUUACAAACAAGAGUAGACAACAAAACUCAUAACAGAGCUGAGCAGUGAGGAGUGAGGAGUAAAACACAGAAUCUCAGCUCAGCAUAAACAAUGUAGUCGUGAAUGUUGCAGAUCAUAACCUGCUGGAUUGACACAUUCACUCUUAUGAUUUUGAAUGGCUUGAGAGUCAUAAUACAGAGUCGUAGCUCCAUUGAUUGCACCAAUCAUAGUUCUCCAACACUCACGUCCUGCUAUCAUAAGUGAACUCUAACAGGAUCAUCUUUUUACAUCCCUGAAGGGCGGAAAGGACAGAAGAGGAAACAUCAAGCCAGUGACGCCUCAGAUGAUGAAGACUUUGUUCCAGAUGCUAAAGAAAUGGAGGAAGAGGAGGAGGUUGAUGGUGAAGAUGAGGAAUGUGAGGAAGAGGCUGAGGACUCAGACUCAGAGAUGUGGAUGGGUAGAAGACGUUCCACAGCUUGUCACGGCAACAGUAUAUAUGUCAGUAACUUCUUUGUUGUUUUUUAAUUCAGUGAAGAGAAAGUCCCUUUAAAGUUAUGAUAUAGAGACUCAGAUGAUCCUUUUGAACACAAAUUUAGUCAUAAAAUUAACUCAUAAAUCAAUGAGUUUGAAUAUUGAAGUGUAUUUUACCAAAGAAGAAGAAGAAGAGGAAGAAGGAGCUUUAGUGGCUGCAGAAAUUUCAGGUUUUGAGAAUAAUUCGACUCAGUCAGUCUCUCUGUCCUGCAGCCCUCCAUCAAUACCACGGGCAGAGGCACCAACGGGCUUCCUAACAACAUGAUGCUCCCCGUGUGGACGUGCACUGAGACCACCAAAAAAUUGUGAGUAACUGAAGAUUAUUUUUAUAGUGAAUCAUUGAUCGAAAUCAAAUCAAAGAAAGUCAGUCCAGCUCUGAUGACACUAAGGGCUCUAUUUUCGUGUCCGCCAGGGACGCGGCGAAGGGUGGCGGACCCCUGCAGUGGUAUUUUCGUCCAGCAGGGCCCGGCGUACAGCCAGUUUGGUAUUUUCAUGGACUGAGGCGCAUCACAGUGACAUUUUCGUGCUCGCCGCUGGCGUCUAAAGUGUGCUGAAAGCUCACCCGAUUCAAACCUGGUCAGCUUUCAGCGCAGGCGGAGCGCAGCUGGUGUAGAGGUAUUUUGGUAGACCGGUGGCAUAUCCGCAUAUGUCACCGAUGCCUCACCGGCAGGUUUCCACAUUGUCAGGCACAUUUCCGUGCAAUAAAUAAUCAACAACAACUAAUAAUCUGAGUCAGCACAUACAUUUGGAUCUAUAGAUUUAUUCUGAUCUAUAUCUGAUCUGAUGAGCGUGUUUGGCACGCGUUUGGACACACAACCUGACAGAUUCAACACAGCUGAAACCGCAUUAAAUUAAAUUAAAUAUCUAGUAAAUAGACUCACAUGAUGAAGUUAACAACAUAUGUAAUUCGUCUCCCUCCUUUUCUUUCUUCCUCUUAUUUCUCACGCAGCUCGACCUGGACAUGUCUCCAUGUCCUCUUCUUGUCCUGCUGCAGCUGCGGCGGCUGAACAGAUGAUUUGUUUCAGUGAUCAGAUGAGUUUUUUACUUUAAGCCUACAUACGAAUAUUAUAAUAUCCAGUUUUGUAAGCCAAAUUUAUUUUAUAUGCCAACAUCUAUGAAAGAAAGAGCCAGGCCAUGGAGUGCAAUGCAUCAUUACGUACAGAUGGUUCCGAUUUUAAUGCCAUUACUGGAGUUAAUGUUGUGAUCUGUGCGCACAACCCACCUUUGUCACGUGAGGUUUGAAAAUGUGCAACUUGAUGUGAGUGUCUUUAUUUGUGGAAAUGUGGGUACAACCUUACACACACCAAAUCAAUCUGUGCUUAUAUGAGGGAGUGUGCAGGACUCCCUCUGCAGCGACACUUGUUGAGGAGCUGCCUUCUGUCACCAUCGUGUGGCAUUGCUGUCUUCAGACAUCUCUUGAUCUCUUUGACUGCUGCACAAAAAUUGUAAUACGCCUCGCCGGUGACGGAUUUAAAGGCGAGGAGAGGAGCUUAUGUUAUUGGUCAAUACAGGUCUCGGCUGUGUUAAACCCACUCCACGCCCUCUCUCCUCCCUCGCUACGACUUAUGCCGCUGGGAGGAGCUGAGUUAGGGAGGGGGGAUACUUACACUGGGCUGUGCCGCUCACCAAAAUGCAAAAUUGUGCUUGGGAACGCCUUGUCAGAGCGGCGGACCUGAUUUACGCCGCGCCUGCGCCACGUCUCUGGCAAAGCACGAAAAUAGAGCCCUUAGUAAUUACAGUGAAACUGAGACUCUCUGGAAACAGAGGCAGGGUGUAAUUCAGUUGAAACAAACUAACAGUAGAAAUCUUCAAUUGAAAAAUGAAAGUUCUUGUUACAGUUACAUUUGGUGGGGCAGUUUUUUUCCCCAUUACUUCUGAUCUGAACUACGUGGUGGCCAACAAGAGCAAAUAUCUACUAUUGCCUGAAUCAGUUAUUAGUUAUUAAAUUUCUUCUUAUUUUUUCCCACUUAUCUUUAAAUGUGUGUCUUUUUUCAGCCGGGAGGAACACCACAGCAGCUGGGUGUUUCCAGAGUGGGUACCCUCUGUCAGCCACUGGCACCCCGUACCUGAGAGGUACUUCACCUUUUACCUUUGCUUCCAAUCCAGUUGUUUCUACCAAAGGGAUAGCAUCAAAAUAAAAAUAUCAUUACAUUACAAUCCUGAUGGCUUGAUUAUGAAAUCUGUUGAAGAAUACCUAGCUAACAAACUCAAACUUUUUGUGUGAAUGUUGUGUUUUUCAGUGAUUUGGAGAAGUAUCUUCCUCAGGAGCUCCAGUCAGCGGCUUUUAAAGUGUCCAGAGAAGGACUCAAACAGGAGUCCCCUCUGCAGAGACUCAACAGGUUUGACAGGACAUAACAGUCCUCUACCAGUUCACAGUGUAAACACUCACAACAAAGACAUGUAUUCAUGUUAAAUCCUCUGUGGUUGGGGUAUUCCUCUGAGCUUAAAUGCACCACAUAUAUGAAGAUGGAGUCUCCUUUAACAAGUCCUGAAAUAAUAAAGUGUCUAAGUCCCCGCUGUCUGUGUCUCUGUGUCCGACAGGUUCACGGCACUGCCUCCUCAUCCGGACCGUUGGGACAUGGUCCUAUUUACAGGGGGACCAGUCUGGACCAUAGAGUGGUGUCCAACACCUGAUGGAGCUCCUGUAUCUCAGUACAUAGCUCUGGCCUGCCAUCGAGAGAUGGACGAGAAGCACCAUGUCAACAAGAUCUACAGUGGACAUGGACUUGUGCAGCUGUGGGAGAUUGGCAAACUGGAUAUAAGCAGCAGGUGCUUCGGACUGGGACACACUGGGGGUGUUUUUAUCAUUUCUGCCCCGGAAAUUUGCUGAUCCUGUCUUCAUAAGUUUAUCCUGUCUUUAACCUCAGAUAUUUUUACUCAUCCUCACCCGACUUCUGGCAGGAAAAUUUCGGGGUAAAAUUGGCCCCAAAAAAUUAGCAAACAUACAAAUAUAUAUAAUGCUGAAGUAAUUCAUCUACAUGUACUGUUAGUUCCUCUUGUUUUUAUCACAUAUUUUAUUCGGUGUCUUUUCUCCGCCCCUGUCUUUGCAGACCAGACUUCACACCAGCCUUAUCCUACGGUUUAGCCCAGGACAAAGGCUUCAUCUGGAAACUCAAGUGGUGUCCUGCAGGCGGCUGGGAGCCUCCAAACUGUGACAAAGAGGUAAGGCACUUCCAACAGCACCAAGUCUUUGAAACUUCAUCUGGACCCCCAUUUUUUUUGUCAAAAUCAAGAUUCCAGUGUAUCAUAAACAAAAUCCCCCUCUCACUGAAUUACCAUGCAGCAUGUUAUUCCUGAAAAUAAAGACACAUUUUAGUCAAAGGAGCAGCUUAAUAUAUCUGUGCAUGUGCAUGUUUUACUUUCAGCAGCAGGAUACAUAUUAGGCAUUUAGAGUUUCCUGCACAUAAGAGUAGAAUAACGUGAAACCCUCUCUUCCAAAGGCUCCCCUCUUGCCCAGACUGGGUCUUCUGGCAGUUGCGACCUCCACCAGUGUGGUCACCAUUUACAGUCUGCCCCACCCUGAAGCUCUGCUCUCCAACAAGAAGCCAACUCACUCCGGUAAGACUCUAUAGACAACACCCUAACAGUAUGAACCAUCCAAAAGAUGUUAAAGUCGUAGAUAUGCUGAACUCAUCAGAGCUUGGCUUGACCUGGAACAUGAAGUGUUUAGUCAGCAGAGGGCAGUGUUGCCUUUCUGAAGCUGUUAGUGUCUCUGGACUUUCUCCCUCCUAGGCUCUGAGGACAUAGGACUGCAGUAAAGCAGUCCCUUUGUGUGCAGGUUUUUACAUCAUGGCAGCACUGUAAAAAUUAACAGCUAGACUAUAGAUUUGUUCACAUCCCCCUGAAUCCAACCCCAGAAUGCUUUGCUGCAGUGUUUCACACCCAAUAAGCUCCAUUUCUUCCUACACCACAGCAAAAAGGACACAUUAAAUGAAACAGAUGGAAAAAUACAGAGAAAUUGACCAAUAAUGUGUAAAUCUACCAGCUUACAGAUAAAUCUUUCUGUCUUAUAUAACAAGAGUAUCAAAUGUAGUCUCUCCUCAUGUUAUAACCAGAGAAAGGCAGAAGGGGGGCUGAAAAUAGGUGCUUUUUCAGCAGACACCAUGGUCCCUUUGAAGCAUUGCACAUCUGUUUGAGUAAUUUGGGAUGAUUGGGAUCCAUUUGGUGACUCGGGCGUUUCAGAGUUGCUGGGUAACACAUUUGAUAUCAAACAGUUUCUGCAUAUGGAGCAUAAAAGGAGUCAAAAAAACUGGCCUAGCCUAGCUGAAGAUGUGGAGGGAGACCAGUACAGUUUAAUUUAAGAAAAACUGUUUUUUUAGCAUGAUUUUUUAAAUCACAUAUUGGAAAAUUUGAAGGAGUGAUUGGUAGAGUGAAAGCUCCAACAAUUACGGUAUCCAUCAUUAACCAUGUACAGGCUUAAAAUUUGAAAUGCUGAAUUUGUGAAGACAGAAGUGGCUAUAAUAAAGAGAUGAGAAGGUGGAGCCGUAGAGAAGGCUUAAAAAAGCAAUGUCCAACCUCAAGGAUAAUUUACUAGCUGGUUUUAUAAUUAGUAAAAUAUCCGGCAAAAUGUAGAUUCCACAUGUGGAGAAGGCUGCUUUGCGUUCUCAAGACUCACAAAGCCAUUGAAGGAGCAUUGGUUUGACCUAGUGGUGAAAGAAGACCAAUUAUGCUGACUUUAAUACAUACAUAUACUGUAUAUGAUGGUACAAUUUUGACCAUACUAUACUAAACCCUGUUAAAGCUCUAUAACAUGAUUAUAAAACCGAGCCAGAUUGCAGUGUUAUCCCUGGACAAGAGUGCCAGAAAUUAGUGGGACAUCAGUGUAGCUGUUUGUGCUCCCCACUUCACAGAUGAUUCCAGUAUAAACAAAGGCUGGUAGGAGCUUGAUUUGCAUCCUAGCAUCUAUCAAGAGCUCCUAUGAAGGCUGGGAACUGCAAACUAAGUAAGAGCGGCUAACAGGCCACAGAAGUUUUCUGAUAACUUCAAGGUAGGGCUGGGCGAUAUGGCCUCAAAUCAAUAUCACCAUAUAUUGAGCAGUUCACCUCGUCAAUGAUAAAUGGACGAUAACUCCUCAACAAGCUUCUCACCCCUUCCCACAUUAACUUUGUCUACUUCAGACGCUGCUCCAGCUGCUAAAACCUUUAAACCGUCCUCCAUCUCCUCACCUGUCUUUCCCUCUUUGUUAUGGACUGGAUGGGGUGGAGUCACGUCUCAGAAGUAGGACAGCGUCUUAAAGGGACAUGAGACCAUAGCCACUGACACCAAAUAUAUUGAGAUGGGCAAAAUGACGUUGGUUAUUGUCGCAAAUUCCUGUAUCGGUAAAUUUUCGGUUUAUCGCCCAGCCCUACUUCCAGGUCACCCACAAGCUGUUGAUUAGCUUGAUGUCAGUGCAAAAGCAGCCACAAUGUCAAUAUUAUGAUUUUAUUUUCUAGUAAAGACACCAAAACCCAAAUCUCCUCAUAAACUGUUUUAGAUUAUAGAGAAAAACAUCACACCCAGUGAGUGAAUGGCAAACUCUUUAAAAAAGUCAGAAACAACUCAAAUAUUAGUGCAACAGCUGAAUGUUAUUGCUUUAGAUCAUCCAGUGAUUGAUCUACUUUAAGUUGAACUUAUAAUACAUAACUUGUCGGCUCAUCAGCAGGUAUUUAAUCAGUCAGGCGACCACAGUAUCAAUCAAAUCAGACAUGGACAUCAUGAGGUCUAACUUGGCAGACAGCGGAGUCACUCACUCUCCUGGUGUGACUCUGACUGUUUGGAGCUGGAGGGUCUAUCAGACUGUUUAAUGCAGCUUUAACUACAGGGACAGUUCAUCACCGCCUGGACAGACUUCACAUACACAUACAUGUACAUGCAGACUUAGGCCUGUCGCGAUAAUCAAUAAAUCGCCUUAUCGCUCGAUAAAUAAAAACGAGGUCGAUAACUUUGCCAGCCUCGAUAAUUGACGUGCGUUUGUUUUCCUCCUCUCUCGCUACCAAACACGCUGGAUGAGAGAAGAGGUCUCACUCUGCGCAUUUUUCUCAGCACCUGGGGGCGUUGGCUCUAUAGCGGAAUGAACGGAGUUAGUGAACCCUCCUGUCAGUCAUUCAGUGUCUUUGUCACGAGGGGGCUGGCGCGCACAGGCACACAGACACAGACUUUUUGGAUACAGUGCUGCAAGUGAGCGUCGUGAGUGAAAAGCAAGCUAACAUAAUGAACACGACAGCUUUGGUGUCUAAACCGAACGCAACAGCCCAAGUGUGGGAAUAUUUCGGCUUUAAACCAGUUUUGUUUUCGUCAACCACAAAACUCCACGUGUGUGUGUGUGUGCGCGCGCGCGUGCGUGUGUGUUGUGUGUUUGCAGGGUUAGAAUGAGGCUGAUGAGAGCUUACAGGGAUACUAUCCAAGAAUUUGUAUGCUCUGUGGUUGCUUCUAUAGUUUCUGUUUUUGCAGGUUGGCAGGUUUAGCUGCACUGACAUCCAGGUGCUUCUUUUGAUCAAAACAGAGAUUUAAUUCCCGAAUAAAACUACGAGACUCCUCAAAAACUACACUGGUUAUUAGAGGUGGGAAUCAAAGCAGCCCCACGAUACGGUAUUAUCACAAUACUUGGGCCAUGAUACGAUAUUAUUGCGAUUUUUCACAUUUUGCAAUGCAAUUGGUAUUACGAUACAAAAUAUUGCGAUUCAUACAAUAUUUUCAACUGUUUAGCUAAUUUAGCAUUUGGCUGUCCUCUAUGUUUGUCUUAUUUACGCUGUAUUUUAUUAUCAUGGAGCACAUCUUACAAACCUUAUUUGUUAUCGUGACAGGCCUAUGCAGACUGCUCUCCAGGAGUGUGAGUACAUGCUGACAUUAUAGAUGCUGCAGCCUGUGGGCGAGUCUAUUCAGAUCAGUGCAUCAGCUGCCUGUGGGACUCCGCUGAUGAAAAACUGAAUGAAUGAGAUUAAUGUGCGGUUUAUCUGACACAUCCAUCAUACACAGAAACCUGGUAAUAUCUGCUGGUGUGUGUGUGUGAGCGUGUGUGUUUAUCUGUCUAUGGCUGCCCCGCCACUACAGGCUUGUCUGAUUAAACACCACAGCAGACCGAUGUUGCAGCAUUUCAGGACAGCACACGUCGGGGAAACUACGUACUCAUACACUUUACACGCAUUAUAUCACAGUCGAUACAAGCUCUUUACAUCCCGUUAAAGCGCCCUGUGACAGAACGAAUUUCCUCUGUACAUGAGGUCGGCUGUGGUUUGUGUUUGCAGGGUUAGAAUGAGGUCUAUAUGGUGAAGGUUACAGGGAUACUAUCCAAGAAUUUGUAUGCUCUGUGGUUGCUUCUAUAGUUUCUGUUUUUGCAGGUUGGCAGGUUUAGCUGCACUGACAUCCAGGUGCUUCUUUUGAUCAAAACAGAGAUUUAAUUCCCGAAUAAAACUACGAGACUCCUCAAAAACUACACCGGUUAUUAGAGGUGGGAAUCAAAGCAGCCCCACGAUACGGUAUUAUCACAAUACUUGGGCCAUGAUACGAUAUUAUUGCGAUUUUUCACAUUUUGCAAUGCAAUUGGUAUUACGAUACAAUAUAGUGCGAUUCAUACAAUUUUUUCAACUGUUUAGCUAAUUUAGCAUUUGGCUGUCCUCUAUAUUUGUCUUAUUUACGCUGUAUUUUAUUAUCAUGGAGCACAUCUUACAAACCUUAUAUGUAUUUGUUGUACAAACUUUCUCCUGCUCUAUGAUGUCACCUCUGCCAACCUCACUGGACAAACAGUUGAUUUUAUUUUUCCAUUAUCAUAGAUUUGACUUCAUAUUGGCAAUUAAUUUGAAAAAAAUCAAUACUUGGUAAAUUAGACAAUACGAUAUCUCACCAGACAAAAUAUCUCAAUAUUAUGCUAUAUUGAUUUCUUCUCCCACCCCUUACUGGUUAUAGUGUGUUUUCCUUGUCUAGCUUCUUGUGUUGUCUGAGGCAGACACUCAUGAUUAAGGAAAAGCCAACAACUGUUGUGCCAAUGACUUUUCUUGUCAUGCUAAUCUGCUGCACACAGCUGCAGGAGCUACAUGUAUGAACAGAACUGUCAAUCACAGUGUUACACCCCUUUUAACAGCAUCUAAUAACAUAAGGUGCUUAUACCAGAAUCAUACAUUGGAUCAUAAUUUGGAUUUUUUAGUGUAUUUCCUGCUCUUAAAAUCACACUUACAUCACGCUGUGUCCAUCCCUCUGACAGCAGCUCUGACACUACAAGUAGUCACUGUCCCUCCAUCCCACAUCUGUGUCCAUCACCGAGGGGAACAGCCCCACACUGAAGAUGAGGCAUAACAGGCAGAGAGAUAUCCAGCCUUGCAGCAACAGUAUGUGAAAGCCUGCAGGCUCCAAAUGUUCCAGCUUCACUUUUAAGAGCUUUUAGGUCAUACAACUUUAGAUACAGUCUGUAGGCUGAUUUCCGCUUAAUGCCUGAUGUGCAUUUCAAUUUAUUGACGAGACAAGAAAUAUUUAUGAGACCAGUUUUUGUAAAGAUCAUCUUGCACAUGUAUGUUUAACGUCUAUCUCAACUUGAAGGAUGCAAGGGAGUGUGUGGGCAGUGAUGGUUCUAAUGCUUAAAGAUGUGAUUUCCAUGUACAAACUGAGCAUAAAUCAGCCUCAUUGCUGUGGUUCAACUUGAGUCAGGAAAGUGAGCCGCAGUCUAACCAAAAUAAUUCAGUCCCUGGAUGUCUAAUACUCUACUUGACUCCUUGUUCCAGCAUCCCAUACAGAUAGUUUUAGUGUUUUUAUGCUCAGGGGAGCUUCUCCCUCAUCAUUUAAACUGCAAAUGUUAUAGAUGCAGGUAAUUUUCUUUUUUCUCAUCACUAUGAAAUUUCCUGCCUCAAAAAGGAGCCUGAAAAGUUUGCAUUAAGGAUAAAGUUACCAUAGGAAAUGAUAGAUUAUCUCAUCUUUCUGUUUUUUUGUUACCCUCCUGAGGAUCAGAAUAUAACACUGCUCCACUCCCUGCUUUGCUCUGUACUAUUAGAGUCUUUUCUGCUGCUCUCCCUGCUGUGUCUUUACAUAUAUGCACCUGAAAGGGGACGGAAGAGGAGAUGUGCUCUACCCACCUCUGGCUUUUACACAUUCCACACUCACACGAGGAAACAAACAAAACCAUAAAACCACUAAAUAUGACUUGCUGCUCAAUAAUAAGUGGUCCUAAUUCAAACAGUUUAAAAGACAAAUGAAAACAUUCACAUGUAAGAAGCUUCAGUCUGAGGUUUUAUUGUAGGAAAAUAGUUUGGUUUAUUUUAAACAGUGACAAUUAUCUGAAAUAUCUUGGAUGUUUUCCUUAAAAAAAACUGCAGAUGACUGGGGUGCAGUGCUGGAUUUUGUUCUUCCAAGAGUCUCACACAACCAAAUGACUCCACUGAAUACCAUCAAAUUAAAUUUUUCUUCAUUAACUUCCCCGGAUGAGUAUUUAAGUUUCAUCAAACGCUACCAUCAGCUUCAUUAUUCAUCUAAUUGUAUGUCUCACAGCAGAGGAACUUGGAAUAGGAAUAGGCACAAUAGUCCUAACAUUGAUUUAAGGGCAUCAUUAAAAAGGAGCUGGAGCACAGUCAUUCGUGUGUAAAUAUUGGAAUAAAACAGAGUAUAUUAGGUGACAACAGUCUCCACUGUACCACACUUGGCUAGGUUUUACAAUUAAGACAAAUUUCCAGUGCAGUUUGGACAUAAAAUGCUGUAUAAAACCUGACAUUUCCAUUCUUUUUUUCGCCUUUCCCUGGUGUUUCAUGGCCCAUGGUUUCCAUUUUAUUUCGCAGCUACGGGUCAUUGGGUCCAGCUCCAAAGAGCUGCUCCAUCAGCCCCCCUGCCAUGCUACCAUAGGUUAGAGUUAUUGAAUAGAAAGGUUGCAGAGCGCUCACAUUUGAAGAUGCCGCUGCCUAAACACACACCGAAAUUCAUACUAAUGAGAUUCUGAGCGGAGAAAAACUGAGGUCUCGAGUCUUAGUUUGCUUGAGCACAAACAAAAUAGUCCCAUUUAAAUUUCCCCGACACUCAGACUUCCUUUACUCUGUAUCACAAAAUGGAUAUCUGUCGGCAUCUUCUUCCUGCAUGUGUAGUAGUGUGUAUUUUAGUGCAACUGACCUGCAGUUUCAACUCUUGACUGCUCAACAAGAGGCAGAAAAAUGUAUUUUAAAUGUAUUUGCCCUUGAAAGCUUGGGGGUAAAGACAGUAAAGGUUCAUUUAAUCAAGAGAAAAGUGACCAGUGAACUGCUUUACUGCCCCGCUGUACUUCAGCCUGACAUGAUGAGCUCUAAUUGAAUUCAGAUUAGCUAUCUUACAUGAACAUGGGUAGAAAUAAUUUACCAGUAUCAGCAGAAAGGGUCAAAGGUGAAAUUGGCUUGAAUGGGGUUAAACUGAGUGUGUGGGUGUGUGCGCCUGUGCGUGUUUGUGUGUGUUUCUAUCCCGGCCUCCUUCUGCCAGCCCAGCGCUGUUUUGCGACAGAUAAUUAUAAAUGGCUUUUGUCCGUCCACUCUCCAGAAUGAAUGAGCUCGUGAAUGAAAAGAGGAGGCUGUUAAAGCUGCAGAAUUGGAGGGCAGUUGAGGAGGGGGUGUGGAGGGUCCAGAGGAGGCGUGUGAAGUGGGGAAAAAAAGACAAAAGCGAGAAUGUGAGAUGGCGUAGCGAACACACAUAAUUUACAGCUCCGUUCUCCAUCAGACAAGGAUCUAUAAUUGAAAUGACAAAGAAGAUGCAUCACCGAGCCAGUUGUUAGUGUUGGAAGCGAUGAAUUUUAGGUCUAGUAGCUGACACCUCUCCUAUCCCCUUGCUGUCAGUCAUCAGACGUGUACGCAGGAGAGGGCAGGGAAGGUAGUGGGGGAGGAAAGGGGGUGGGUCAUGGGAAGUGAAAACAUUCAUAAAAACGUAUGUUGCUUUUGAAAGACAUGGUAGUUGCCUGUUGAGCUGUUUCAUUUCUGGCAUGAUUUCUGCAGACUGAACCUUAUCUUACCCCGUUUCCUUGGUGAUGUAUGAUGAGGGUUGAGAGGUGGGAGCGCCUUGUGUUGUUUCAUAUUACACUUAAAAAAAUACUGAUUUGGCCAAAUUUGAUCAGUUUUGUAAAAGCAGUGACUGUACACUGAUUUAAGCUUUUCUAGUCAGUAUUUCUCCAAACUUGAAGCCUGUCAGUUAUAAGAAAAUGACGAGACAGUUUACAUUUUGGGUUCAGAUUUUUGAAGUUAAGGUUGUUAGCAAGAUAGAUACUUCAGUGACAGUCUUGAGAGUUUGACAUGAAAUGUGGUGUCCCUCAGGGAUCAAUGCUCGGUCCUCUGCAAUUAAUCCCGAGUCCAGUUGUUUAAAGGUGAUCUAACCCGAUUUAAACUUCUGAUCUAUAUGCAUGAAUAGCUGAUCAUAAAUUGUGUCUAAGCUGUACAGCAGCAGGUUAAUUGCAGCGGUGGGUUUGCUUCACUUUUGAUCUUAUCACAAUGUUGCUUUUCAGAGUAACGACUAGACUGUAGACAGUGUAGCACACAGAAAAGGAAACUCUUGACUGAAGUUGUUUUCUGGCUUCAGGCUUCACCUGAACGCCUGAAAAGUUCUUUGAGACCUGUCUUGCGAUGGUAACUGAGAAGAAAAAAGAGUGAAAUGUACUUCCUUUAGUGCUUCAGCCUGUUAACAGUGUAUUUUUGUCCUGAAAAAUGGUUGGUUUCAUCACUUUACUAACCCGUGUUGACCUAUUUCAAACCCAUCAAGGUGUCAGCCCUCCCGAAGACUUACUUCAGGAUCAUGAAGUCAUGCUGGAUAACCUGACUUGAUGUAUUCCCACUGAGUGCAGGCUCAGGUUCAGUCGCGGCCUGAACACCAGUCUGGACUUGAUUUAGUACAGAAGAGGUUAAUAUGAAAGUAUGAGUGUGUGUUUUUCUGAGGCCGAGGUGAGCUGAUGGAAGGUGUGGCUGAGUGAGGAGGACGGUGUAUUGAUCCGGACUCGCAGUGAUCUAAACUGGAGGAGGAGAGGAAACUAAUGAUGGGGAACAGUCUGAUGCCAUUUUUUGUUAUUGGAUUUUACAUCUUUUAAACAUAACAGUGAUUGUCAGGCCAGACACAGGAGGAUUACUUCUGAAGUGGGGCUCAACACCAUCCCAGAGUGUUAUUAGAUGGCGUUUUGGCUGGGAUGUCCGGUGGUUUAGUCUUAAGCUUUUGGAUAAAUUCCUUUUAAACUUGGCACAGUUGUAUUUCCUUUAAGUAGAAUUUUGUCUGUAUGCAUGUUAUGCAUUUUGAAUCUCACACCACAAAGAGUUAUUUUACCCAGAGUAACAAUCCAACAAAAGAUUUGGUAACACUUUACUUGACACCUAUCUCUAUAACACAUUAUAAAUAUAUGUAUAAUCUGUUAUAAUCACAUUUUAGCACUGUAUAACUAUAGUUAUAAACACUCAUAUAUCAGGUAUUAUAAUGUGUUAUAACUGUUAACAACUCACUGACAAUGCCCACAUAGAUAAUGCAGUGCAACUGUUGUUAACAGUUAUAACACAUUAUAAUACGUGACCUUGUAAGUCAUGAUGAAAUGCUUUAUAAUGUGUUAUCAUUAUUGUUAAUAAGCAUUACGAUUAUUUAUGAGUGUUUAUAACUACAGUUAUACAGUGCUGUAACGUGAUUAUACCACAUAAUACAUUUAUUUAUAAUGUGUUAUAUAGAUAGGUGUCCAGUAAAGUGUUACCAAAGAUUUCUUUAAAUGUUAAUCCUUAUCGCAUCAAUACCAUUUCUUUGUAGCUUAAAGGUCUAUAACCAGCACUUACUUUGUGACUGAUUUUUCAUUGCAGGAAAACACAACCAGCAGAUGCCGAUAUACCAGGUAGGCCCCUCUUAAAAAUGAGUUUCUGCCAUUCUUUAAAAUAAGUUGAGUUCUGCCUCACUCUGGUUUGUAAUAUCAGUAAAUAGAGAAUAAAGCAAACUUCACUGUUGAUUUUUUGCACAGUAGUGUCAUUUUAUCCCCCUCCUCUCGUUCUGCAGGCAGAGGGAGUGUUAACGCUAAAGCUGGGCUCCUUCAAGGCUCCUCGCCAGGAGCAGAGCGGGCAGGUCCUGUCCAUGGAUUGGUUGCCUGUGAAACCGCACAAUAUAAUGGCUAUUGGAUUCUAUGAUGGUAUGAAUUGAUUUCUCUGGGAUGUGCAUGAUUAAAAGCUUCACUUUGAGUCAGGAAAAACAAAUGCUCAGUGUGGAUCCCCUCAGGUUUUUAUCAGUCUGAAUCUGAACUCUGAAUGAUAAAUGUUCCUUUCUUUUCAUCUCUUCUCUGUUUUCAAGUGUCCUUGGUUGAUCCUAAAGGAUUCAAAUUUGAGCCGAUGUUUUCUACAAAUUAACCUUCUGGUGAUAAACACCUGUUUUAUCCUCUCAGGUGUUGUAGGUCUGUGGGAUUUGUCCUCCAAGACUGGAUUAUUGCGAGUGCGAGAGUCCGACACGUCGCUCAGCUUGCUGCCCUAUCGAUGCUUACUGGCUCACAACCACGCUGUCCGGGCUCUGUCCUUCUUCCCUGCCUCCAGGUAAAGACUUGCAACUUAGUAGAUUUUAACUUGAGCUCAAAAUUAGUCGUAUGAACUGGUAUCAUUUAUACGGUAAAUGAUGAGCUCAACUCUGUGCAGGAAGGAAAACAUUCAAGAGAGGAAACUGCACAAGACCGAGUUUUAUUUUUCCCUCAGUUUCCUCCAGUACUGCAGUUUUAUUAAAGCCAUGUAGGUGAUCACUCUUACACAGUAUGUGGAGCCUGAGAGGUAAAUAUUGUCUAAAAAAGCUCCAGUAUCUGAUUCAAAAUGCAGCGUUGAAGGCCAGGAGUCCAGGCAUGUCCUCUCCAGACUGUCACUAUGCAGAUGAGGGAGCCGCCUUUUUUCUCUCUAGUUCAACAACCACUGACCUUCAACCUCUCUGAGCCACUCUGCCUUGAAUAAGACCAUUACAAUAUUACUCUCAGGUGUAACCGUCCUACUGAUAUGAGAAUAUUUAUUGAAUCAAAGGGCCUCUGGGAAUUCAGUCCAAAAAGUGGCGCCAAUUCAAGGAAAAGGAGGUUGACUUUUGAAGCUACUUUCGGUCUUUAAGGGCCCUUUUAGACCUCAUUCAGGUCUUGUUCAUCUGUAUUAUAAUGUAAGAAAUUCGCAGCACAAACUAACAAACAAGUCACAGAAAUCCAGUAAUCUUUGAAGCUUUUUUUUUGGACUCCCUACCCCUAACUUUAAAAACACUGACUAAACACUAAUACUUAAAAAACACACAAAAAACUUUUUUCUUAUAUUUAUUUAUUUAUUUAUUUAUGUAUUUAUAGAGCACAUUGAAGCCUAAUAGUACAUAUCGUGGCAGAAUGGCCUUGAAGGAUUUUGUCUAUGCCACUGAGUCAAGGGAGCUUGGAUUAAACUGCCAACCCUCUGACAGAGAAACGACAAAGGAAAUGCUGAAAUGGUCGGCAAAUAAACUUAUAUUUGUGAAAAACUUUGCCCUCUCAAACGCCUCAGAUGCUAAGCUUCUUAUAUCAAGGUUCCUCCUCUUGGUUUGAAACUUCACAUUUAUCCUGCUCUGUGAUCGUUGGACGUUUAAUUAAUUGAUGAAGUUGUCUAAGAUGACUUUGUUGGAGGUUUUUUUUGGCAAAUUUUACAAACUUAACCUCAGAGUCACUCCUCAAAACUUCUGUGCUGUAAGAAAUUCUAGAUUCUGACACUGAACAGAACCGGCUGUGCGCUGAGGCGACCUUCUUCUGAUCUGUAAUAAAAGGUCAUCACUCAACAUUUUACUUCAACCCUCAGCUCAGCUUAAGUGUUUCUCUGCUUCACUGCUCAACUGAUGAAUGUGAGGAUGAAGAGGGAAGACAGAGGGUCAUUUACAUCUCAUGAGUCUGCUACAGGAGUUCACUGAUAGCCUGUACAAGUCAGCACAAGGGCUGGAGUAAUAUCCGGAGCCAAAAUUGGCUUUUUAUUCACACAGUAUUGGUCAGUCAGGGUAUCAUCCACCCUGAGAGUCUUCUUUUCGCUUCUGUAAAUCUGCUCCUGAUAUGCAGCAAGAGGAAAAUCUAUGCCUGACAUUUAAAGAUGCUGACAGUCACAUUGAAAAAUAGUUCCUACAGCUUCCUGACACUCACAUGCCUCUCUACCUUGGUGAAACGAGUGUAUUUUGAGUAAUGCCGACAUUACAGCACUCAGAGGAAUGUAAAGGAUAGUGUUCAUAUCAUUUUGAAAAGUUACAUGUAGUAAUAUUGAAGGGUCGAAUGCCUCAACUCUGUAUUCUAAGAGCUUUGACUUAAAUGUGAUGAUAAUACUCACCAAAAUAAAGUACAAAGAAAACUAUCCAAAGAGGAGCUGCUCUCAUCACAGACUAACAAUGAUUGUUUCAGUUCACAUUCUUAGUGAAUUUGAGGUUUAUUUGGGCUCCUUUUGGGGACGUUUCAUGCUCCAUGUUUUAGUGUAAGAAAAAGCAUAGUUUGAUUAAAAUAAAGAGUUAGACUUUGACAACUUUGAGUUAUUUAUUUAUUUAUUUAUUUUCUCAGGCACUUGUUGGUGACGGCAGGAGACGAUCGUUAUUUGAAGACCUGGGACUUACGGAGGCUCCAAGACCCGAUCACUGUUCUGAAACGUCAUCUGACCAAUGAGGUCUACUGGCCUCUGAACUCAAUUGGCAUCCUUUGGGCCCAGGAUAAUGCUUAUUCAGCGUAAGACUCCUUUUUUUUUUUUUUUUUUUUAGCUUUUUUUUGUCCCUUCAAUCAAAAACAUUCAUAGAAGACUCAGAACUUUAGUGACAUUUGAUUUCAUUUUAAAUACACUAGCAAGCAAGUGUAAUCCUCAUUUUUGUGCCCUAUCACGGCCCAAAAUCUCUAAUUUAGGCAUAAUCCAGAAUGUAACACAUAUCUGUGAGGAUCAGGGACUCAUGCUGCGUUCCAGUUGUCUCAGAAGUCGGUAUUUCUGAGCUCAGAGUCAGAAAUUCAUCUGGAAUGCCCCCCUGAAGUUGGAUGUCCAACUCGGAAAGUCAACCGGGUCAGAACCCCGACUUGACGACAACAUCACAUUUCAAGAUGGCAGCGCAGUGCAUCAACAAUAAAGAGUAACAGUGAAAGCUCUCAUAAUGUAUUAUUUAUUAGCACUUCUGUUUUGUUUUUGUGAAAUUAAAAAAGUGGUAUAUGUUGUACUGCCCGACGUCUAACUGUAAACACAGUGCUAUGGUGUUUGUAAGAGUAAAAUACUGUGUUGUGGGUUGUUUACAACUGGUAUCACUAACAACUGACAACAGCUAAUGACAGCUGACAAUUGUAAAGAACAGCUAACAACGGUUAACUGUAGGUGUCCAUCUUGGUUAACUGAAACGCUGUAAACUCAGGUAUAACGUCAUUCCCAGCUCUGACAUCUGACUUCCGGGGUAACUGGAACGUAGCAUUAGUCAUUAUUUUAUGACAUACUUGUAUCCCAAUCCUGUGGUUAUGGAGAUGAUAUAACUUGACUUACUUAAGUUUUUCUCAAAGAUUAAAAAGUCUAUCUUUGUCUUUAUUCACACAGGAGUGGCUUACACGGAGUUCAUUACGCCGACCAUUUCGUGCGCACCCUCUUCCCAAUUCCAAGGACGAGCUCUUUGUGGGUGAGUCUCUAACAGUGGAUCAUCAUCUUCUGAGUCAGCUGUGGAUCAAAAGAUAGAUUAAUGUUGCGCUUUAGAAAGUCCCUGAAUCACUGGCAUGUUGUUUUUUUUUAUGUUAGGAGUGUAAACAUAAAAUGAAAGUUUGGCUGUUUGGGGAAUUUCCUUUAAAAAGUCCCUGUCCACCUUUUGUAACAGACUUCCAUGGCACAGAGGGAAAAUACUCAUCAGUUUUCACAUACGUAUUUUUCGUACAUAUUUUGUCAGAAAAUGGUUGAAAACUGUUAUUAAGAAGGAAUAAUGCUGAUUGGUCUUGUUUGUGUCAUUGCAGUCGAUAUCCUUCUCUGAUUGGAUGAACAGUGUGGUAACAGCAGACGGCUUCGGUGAGGUGAUACUCUCCAUGUUACCUCGCAUAAAUGACGUUCCAUACGUCAAACGGAGUAAAGACAGACGAUUUGUAAGUUUAAUAUCACAUGGUUUAUUUUAUUCACUCCCACUGUUGUAGAUUUUUUCAUUUUUUACCAAUUUGUCUUCACUUUUACUCAAAUGUGUCACCUACUCAACACAAGUCCUUUACGUGAGUGUGUUUUAACUCUCCUCAGCCCGUCUACCUCACAUCUAUGGUGCCUUAUGAAAAAGAGGGUGAACAAGAGAUGAGAGGAGUGGAAGAAGAGGAUAAAAAAGGACAUGCUGUUGAAGAGCAGGAAGAAGGAGAGACAGAGGGACUGAAUGGGUCUGAAGGAGGGAAUAAUAAUGAAAACGGAGAAGGUGGAGGGAUAGCCAGGAAGGAUAAAACUCCUUCUCUGUGUGUCCAUAAAUACAAAGAGACUGCAAAGAAAUACUUCCUCCACCACACAGACAACAAUAUGGUGGGUAGAUCCUGAAGAUACAGUGAUUCACUCUGAAGUUUGUUUAAAUCAGAGUCAUCAAAGACAGACAAUAGACAAAUGUGGGUUAAAAAAAAUCAAUAAAAACAGAGAGAAUAAAAAUAUAAAGCAUAACAAUUAACUCGCAGGAGCUUGUUUACUUAAAAUCAGUGUUUAGCUAAAAUAUUUUUGCAAACGUUAUAAUGAAUUGUGGAUCUGUUUUUAAUUACCUUUUAGAUAGAUAGAUAGAUAGAUAGAUAGAUAGAUAGAUAGAUAGAUAGAUAGAUAGAUAGAACUUCUCUAUUCAGAUGUCAGGAUUUAAUAAUUAGCAUAGCUUACCUGCUGCCGAUAUGAUUGAUGCCAACUUUUCAUUCCAUGCAAGCCCCCCCCCCCCCCCUUUUUUUUUUUUUUUUUUUUUAACCAAGUAAACCUUCAGACACAGCUUCAGAAUGAAAGCGCUAAGUGAAUAUAAGGGGAGUGUAUCCACAAAGAGAACAGAUUUGGCUUGUUCUUUCAAAUUCCUUAAAAUGCAUCUUUUUAGUGUAUUUUCUAUGUUUGUUUUCUAAACACUACUGAUACUAAACCAAUACAGCGGUUAACUUGUGAUUUUUUAGAUAUAGAUAAAGAAAUAGAUUUUUUUUUAUUUAUUUUUUUUAUUUUAAGUUAAACCAAAAAAGGAAUAGGCUGAAGCAAUGCUUACAUGUCGCCCAUACUGUUUACACCUACGAAUAAUGCUGUACAGCUUCACAUUACAGUUUCAUAUACAAUCAAACAUAAUAUAGACUAAAGUUCAGUUUGACAAGGAUGUACAUAAUUUAUAUUCUUCAUCAAGUCCAUUCCAUAACUUUACACCAAUAACAGAAACACAUAUUGAUUUAACAUUUGUUCUUACCUUACUAUAUUCAAAAUGAUCCAAACCUCUUAAAUUAUAAUUACUAACUCUUAAUUUUUGACGCAGCAUCUUGUGUGAAGCUGACUUUAGAGAUGCUCUCAGCAGCUCUGCUGCCGUUGCACAGAUUGCAGGACAGGAUGUCGUUUCACUUUCCCUAUUAAAGAUGGUUUGAGUCCAGUAGCUCCUGAGGCUGCUCUCAUAUCUGUCAUUAUUUCCACACUCUUAAGACCAGCCUGAGACAGAAACCAACAGUUUUUGCACUGAUGUUUAUUGACUGCUCAUGGGAGACACCAGUUUUGCCACAGUGUCAACAGACAGAGGUGAAAUAUGUCUGUUCAAAUAGCAUUUAUUUUGACUAAACUGAUUGAUAUCAGCUGACAAAACAAAGUACCUCAUUUUGCGACUAAAGUAACUCAUGAAAAAAAUGUAAUAUAUAUUUCAUCUACUGGUAAUGUAAUUUAGGAAAUGGAGUCUUGAAAGUGAUGAUUUAAAUGAUUAAUGAGAUUAAAAGUGACAAUCUUUACACUUGUGUAUUUUACAUUUGACAGUUUAAUGAUGAUGUUUUUUCCAUCGCCAGAUGACAUUUUUCAAAGCCGAGAAGCGAGCUGUGUGGAAACGCAUGAUUGACACCGAGCAAAAGGCAAAGCUGAACCUGGACGAGGUGACACUGGGUGCACUGCACAAGGUAUUUACACACACACACACACACACACGGUAGGGUUCAUGGGACUCCUGUGGUGGCUCAACAUGUAGUGGGAGGGGUGUAAAAAAUAAACACAAGAAUGGAAACAGAGGUGAGAGAUGGCGGGAGAGCAUCUUCCUCCUUCUUCUUCUUUCUCCUCCUGUGAUGGGCAGCUAUAAAGACGGGCUGAAUGUAAUGAUGUGUAAAAUGAGAAAAAUGUCACCCUCAGUUGAAGGAGGGAGGGGGAGAUGAAAAGCAGCCAUUUGAGGAUUUGAUGUGUUUAAUUUUAAGAGAGGCUGAGAGGGAGCUGCAGCGUUGCCCUCUGGGAUGAGAUGAUGGACGGGCACUUCACGGGACUGCUCAAAAACAAAACACCAUCAGCUCCUUGACUGGCUUUUUUUCUGAGGGGGAUAAAUGGAUUAGAGAGGGGGAAGAGAGUAACUCAAGAGGAGGAAAAAAUAAGAGAACACGCUCACUAGGUGGAUUUAUAGUGAUGAAAAGAGGGAUAAAUGAGCGCUGGUAGAGAUGGGAAUGAGGGGCUGUAAUAUUGACUCACUGAGAGCUACAGCUGAGUCAUUCACAGAGAGGGGGAGGAUGGGUAAAUAAUAAUGUAUAUAAAAGUAUUUCUGAGUGAUAGCGACUCUAAAUCAAGUCAAAACAAAGGUAGGAAUCAAGAUAAAUACUUCAAUAAUAGUCCAGCAAGGUCGACAUGAAAUGAGGAGUCCCGCAUGGAUCAAUACUCGGUCCACUGCAGUCAACCCUGAGCCCAGCUGUUUAAAGGUGAUCGAACCUUGUGUACGUUUCUGAUUUUUAUGUCAAAUCUCUACUUAGAGAUCAAGGAUGUUUGUGUGUUUAAAUAAAUAGAUGAUCAAACGUUGCCAGUUUUAACUCCUGACACAAAUUCCUCACCUUUUUUCCUGCAGCUGCACUGUGAAAAAUUCUGUCAAUUGAAGCGGUCUGUUCAAGUGUCCUCAGGAUUAGAAAUGAAGCCGACCUCUGAUUGCACAUAUCUGUUACUCUCCUCCUUCUCUCCUCAGGUGUGUUUUAACCCUAACAUGCUCUGCCACACCUGGCUGGCAUCCGGGGGGCAGAGUGGGCUAGUCAGGCUGAACUGUCUGAGCGGUUUGACCACUCCUGAAACCAGGGAGCUGAUAAAUCCGAGCCAGGCCGAGUAUAGAGAUCUGUGCUCUGCGGAGGACAAGAAUAACGCCGUCCAAACUGUGACAGAAGAGCUACAGCAAGACAUCAACGUCAGCACAGCGUCAGAGUGUGGACUGUAGGUAGGACUGAAAAAACACAGAACUGCAAAAAAAAGUAUUUUUAAGAGUUAUUCAAAGAUAUUUUAUUGACUCAUUCUUCAUAAUGCGUUUGUUUGCUGUCUAUCAUUUAGUUAUUCCUGUUUCAAAGGGACAAAGUCGUGGAAUGAUACUGUUGCUCCAAAACUCUUUAAAACUGUUUAUUCCAUACAAAAAUCUCAUAAAAUCUAAAUAGUGAGUGUUUAUUUUUGCAUCCUAGAAAAUUGAGCUGUCAACAGUGGAGUGCCUUACUACAAACAUGAAAUUAUCAGCUUUCACCUCUUGCUUAAUGAUGAAAGUCAGGUUUUUGGUUGCUUUAGUGUCUAUAAAUUCACCAAAGAGGGUCAGGAAAAAUAAAAACUUAACGGUUUUUUUUUUUUUUUUUUUGGACUGUUCCUCAUAAUUAUUUAAGAUUAAGACUUUUGACUUUUCUGAAGUUCUCAGAUAAACAACCGAAUUCCGACUUUGUAUUCUUAUUACUCUGAGAUUAAUCAUGAAAUUGAAAGUCUUGGCUGAAUUGCAGAAAACUAAGAAGAAGGAGGUUCAAAGUUUUUAAAAAAAGUUCCGAAUUAUGACUUUGAAGAAACAUUUUCCCCACAAGACAGAAUUCUAAGGAUUUUUGCUUUUGUCACAGAAUUUUAACUUUUCUUGGAAUUAUGUUGCCUUUUUUCCUCUUUUUUAUGUUUUGUCUUUUUUUUUUUUUAUCUGAAAAAUCUCGAAAAAAUUUACUUGAAUGUCUGCAUUAAAAAUUGAAAUUAUAACUGAAAACUCAACUCAUUCAAAAGCAUAUAUUUUUUCCAAUGUUUUGUCCUUUUAAUUAAGAAUUCUACGUAAAACUUGACCGUCUUGGGAGUCAAAAAGAUAUGAUUUAAUAUUCUGAGAAAAAGCUUCAAGAUGAAAACCUUUGGAAAAUCAUCCAUGGAGUGUAUCCCUUUUUUAUUUCAAUCACUCAGCAGCCGUUUAAGGUAAUAGAAUCAAAUGAUGAGCUGCUCUUCUGUUAAUGAAACUCAGGGAGAGUGAUCAAUACCUGCAGCUGUUUGUGUGGAUGAUAAAAAGUAACUGAAAAAGUUAUUUUGUUACUUUGUAGAUGUCACUGUCAGCUGGUGCUAUGGGUGAGACGGACUUUACACAUGACAAAUAUUCUCAAGAAUUCAGAAUUCAAAUUUUCAAUCAAUUCAUCAAUCAGUAAGACAUUCUUAUGCACUUGAUGUGAUUUCUGACCUUAGAAGCCUCACAGUUAUUCUUCUGGAGUGUCAGUAAAAAGAAAAAGUGGUCUUCGGUCAUGUCUUGAGGCCUUUUCUGUCCUUUAUUGUUAGUCUCUUGCGUACACGUCUUUAAUAUUGUUUUUAACAGAAUUUUGAAGACGCCCUGAGCCCUCGAGCUUUUCUGUUUGUGUCCCAAAAAUGAUCUUUUCCAGUUUUUAAAACAUAAUCAGUGGGCUGGAAACACCAGAAUGUAUUUUUUUAGAUCAUAUCAGCUGCUUAAUUCUGGAGAUUUUUUUUCUUUUUAUCACGUCAAAAACAGCUCAGGAUAUAAGCGAGGGAAUACUUGAAUUUUUUUAUUGUAAAUGUUGAAUGUAAAGUUUGUAAAUGACAGAUUUUAAGUCUUUUCUUUCAUUGUUUUUUUCUUUGUCAAAUUGAUAAAUGACAAGUUUUGUUAUUGUUGUUUUUUUUUACAUUUAAUUUUCAUGUUCUGCAAAACAAACGGGGAUAUGUUUUGUCAUAUUUUAUGGGGUUAUCUCAAAUUUUUCUUUUAAGUUAUUUCAUGGUUUUUCAAAUCUUUUAAAUAGUCUAUUUACGAACGUUGUAGACAACAUUAUUUGAACAUUGUUAUUCAUCUAUGACAAUUUUCAUUUACUUUGAAGUCAAAUAAUUGAUUUAAACAAACUGUAUAACAUAUGCUCUUUUGUGUUUUGCGCUUCUGCUAUUUUUGAAAUGUAAUAUGUAAUAAAUACUUUUGUAGUAAAAAUUUAUUCAAAUAAACAUCAGUGAAAUAUC